CAAUAAACCAUCACUUAAAAAAACUUACAGCAACCAAUCGCUUCAGGUUCUAAUAGUAAAUUUCAUACUCAUUAACAUCCAUUCGCUGCAUCUCUGUCAGAGUUUCUAAGGGGAAAAUAGAGGGUCGUUUGAAGUCACCCAUUUUCUAUGGAUAUUAUGUGAAAGAUAGUAACACUCAGCACGUUGCUAAGAGAGAAAAUAAUGCUCAGACGAUGAUAAAUAAGCUUAGAUCAAUGAAUAAAGGGGAUGAAAAUUCAGCUUUCUUACACAAAAUUGAUUCUACAGGUCCUUUCAGGAGAGGGUGUUAGCUAGGUAAAUGAGGGAGAUACUGAAAGGAAAGCCUUUUCUUCCAGAAGCUAAGCUAUUCAUGAGAUGACAGUGUUGCUAAUAGAGAAAACUAGUGCCAGAUGAAUUCAAAAAGAACGUGAAUAAAUCCCUCGUAUCCCUAAUGCCAAAGAAACUGUUCAGACUUGAAAGGGUGGGAAUUUUAUGAACGAAUAGUAUCCAAGAGCAUACAUGAAGCUUUUUAUCCUGAUUUUUACAUUAAAUUUUUGAAUAUCAGGAUAAUCCAUCUUUAUAGCUGGCAUCUACAAAAGCCAUGCUAAAAUUUUGAUCAACAUGUUGAAGGUUUUCUGCCCACAACCAUUAUGGUGUGGUUAUAGUAAUUGACAGAAUAAUUGAUUGCAUUUUGAGGAUGAAUGAUAGGCCCCUAUCACAUCAACAUAUAUGAGAAAGUGCAAAAAGGGAAAAUCUAGGGGUAGGGAAUAUCAUAUUCAUAUUAGGGAACAUGGCUCAUAAUAAUUGGGGCCAGAAUUGAUGGCUGAGGAAAAAGAAGGUGAAAAAUGCAUAGUGAAUUGCAAAUCAAACGAGACCUUAGACCAUAUGUUUCUCCAUUGUCCUUUUACUGGUAGUGGCUGGUUUUUUCUGAUGAAUAUCUUCGGCUUUAGUGACUGCUUUCUGAAGUCUAUUGAGGAUUGGUUGGUGGAAGUCUUCUCGAUAUGUAACUGGUCCAAACAAGCUAACAUUUUGUGGAACUGUUGUGCUCAGCCUUUAUUAUGGCUCAUUUGGCUAGAAAGGAACCAAAGAGUCUUCGAAGAUAAGUCUUCUUCUAUUGAGUUUUUUUGUAAAAAAUGUGCAGCUAACUUCCUUUUGGGGGAGUUAUAUCCAUAGGAAAUUGUUUGUAACUACAACCUUUCCACGGUUGUUAACAACUGGAAAGCUUUGUCAACAUUCUGUAUAAGACCUAGGAUAGCACUCUACCAGUUAGCAAAGCAGUGCCCACCACCUCUGCAUUGUGGUUUGAGUGAAAGGCUCCAACCAAUCUUCAAACAGGCUUAGACUGUGCCUAUUUGAUUAUAGAUACUACAAUCUUGCAACAAUAGAUGAGCAGGUGAAUAAUGAACCUCGGCUUUAAUCAAUGUAGACUUAGUAACUAAUCUUGAAUCAUCGGUUUAUUACUCCUUUCAUGGCAGAGUAUUCUAACUUUGUCAAAGGAUUUUGAGCUGCAUGAUAUUCAAUCGAGCUAUCUGCCUAAGAGGAAAAUGCAACUACGAUCCCUACGUUGGGAGCCACGUAUGUUCCACCGGGGGCGGAUCUUCGCCGCCCUCAAGUAGCAGUUGUCAACCCUUUGGCAACUUGAUUUGUAAAGGAAAAUCGCAUCCGCAGUACAAGUGCUCGCCACGGAUGACUUCCUCGACCAAAGCCAUCCUUACGAACAACAACUUCAGCGAAGAGGGUGACGGCGGAGACCCGUCGGAGUGCGACGGGGAAUUCUAUGAUAACUCUGAAUUAAUAGUGGCGUUGUCCACGGGUUGGUACAAUGGAGGUUCGAGAUGUGGGAAAAAGAUUAAAAUUAGCGCUAGGAAUGGACGGUCUGUGGUGGCUGUGGUGGUGGAUGAGUGCGAUUCUAUAAAUGGAUGUGACAAGGCGCAUGCUCAUUUGCCGCCUUGCGGGAACAAUAUUGUCGAUGGCUCUGAUGGUGUAUGGAACGCUUUGAGACUCGAUAUAGAUGUGGGUGAAGAGCCAAUUACUUGGUCCGACGCCUAA